AUGUGCUUAUUAAGGUAGAAAUAUUUUCACUGCAUAGAUACAGUAAUUAUGAUGAUUGCUUUCAGUGAUUCAUAUUUUUGAUUUGAGCUCUUCGUUUGUGGAUCUUCAUUACUUUAACUUCUGACUAAGGGGACAUUUAUUUCUUUUUAUUUUCCAAAAACCUUUGGUUGUUUUGGUUAUUAUAAUUUUUAUAUAUAUUUUCUCAGGUGGUUACUUUAUAUUAUUUUUCCUUCUAUUAAUUGUGUGUUUAUCUUCUUUCAUCAAACAAUUGAGCAUUAUGUGUGAGUUCUUAGGUAGUAGCAAAUCACUGUAACUAAAUUUCAUGACACUGAAACAAUACCCCCUAUCAGGAAUCAUGACAAACCUUCUCAUUGUUAGAAACACGUAUCCAGUGGUAUCUGUAAUCAAUUAAUUGGUUGCAUGAAUAUUUAAAUCCCCUCUUGCAUGCAGUCCUGUAAUUGUCAUAGAUCAGGGACAUCCAGAACUGUUUUAAUUCUUGGAUUAGGGCAAAUUCCACACUGCAACGAGGGAGUGGGGGAGGAGGGAAAGCUUGGAGGGAGAUGCUAUGCCAAGAUUAUUCCAUGACAAAUGAAAAAGAGAUGAGUGGAGGAGAUCUGGAGUAUUAGCAUUUUCUGAAGGAGAGAGCAUUUUUUGACAUGGAUUGGCACAACUGAAGGUGGAAAAGGAACUAUGUUUGAGGGCUUUUCAUACAAACUUUCCCUGCAAUUCCCAUUGGACUACCCUUUCAAGCCACCUCAAGUCAGGACAAAUUGUCUUCUGCUUAUGAUUGCAAAACCAUUCUACCGUCCAUUCAAAUUCUAUAAGAUCUGGUUUCUCUUCCUUUCAUUUUUAAUUCAUGACACUGGUAAAAUAUCCCUCUAAAUUUACCAAGAACUCUUCUUGCAUGCAAAGCUGAUCCCAAGGGUACCCUCAACAGCUAUGCCGCAAAACAAUGGAGCAAUAAAGAAGGUUGAAGAUUGAACCCUGUCAUUUCCCAUAUCAUAUUUAAUCCUCAUUGUUGUUAUUUAUUGCGUUUGAAGAUUAAGUUGCAGAUAUUAAUGUUCCUAGGUUGACAACCGUUUAUUGACCUAAACUAGGUAUUAUAUACUAUGUAUAUGCAUUAAACUCUUAAGGAAUUU